ACGCCCCACACCAGCACAUUACCCAAUCCCCGCAGCUGGCGCAGGAACCCGAGCAUGCGCAGCCUGUCUCCUCGUGCGGGUGCUGACGGCGAGACCCCGGGCAUGCCGGGAGUUGCAGUCAUCUGGCCAGCGUUCGGCUUCCAGCCCGAAAAUACACCGAACAAAGACCCUGCUACGGCCAAACGUGAAUUGGAAGAAUAAGGGAGUCAUUUCACCCUUCCUCACAUAGCCGAAAUAACAGCAACUUCUGGAGUCUGAACGUGUGCAGUUAAACGCAGAAAUAUCGGACUUCCUUUAGGUAAACUGAGACAGACCCUGAGAUCUGAAGAAUGAUGACAAUGAAAAUCAGGACCUAGCCAGCACAUCUCCAUCAGAUUAAAAUUACAAAGGCUUUCAAGUUUCAGGAUUUUGUCACAACCAAUACUCCAGAGAUGAAUUUGACACAACUGUUCACAAGUGAUGGGACCUCUUGCUGAAUAGCAUGUUAAUGGGAAGUGAAAAAAUUAAUUACAAGUUAAUUACUGUUGCUGUUAAUAAUUUGAGAACACCAUGAGUGGGAUUUUGAAGAGAAAGUUUGAAGAUGUUGAAGGAGCCUCACCGUGUUCCUCUAUAAGGGAGUCGGAUGAUGAAAUCUCUGAAAGUGAAAGCGCAGAGAGUGGUGACAGUGUGAACCCAUCCACUUCUAGCCAUUUUACUCCAUCAUCAAUCCUGAAAAGGGAGAAGCGGAUGAGGACAAAAAAUGUUCGCUUUGACUAUGUGACUGUCUAUUACUUCACACGGAGACAGGGUUUCACUAGUGUCCCCAGCCAGGGUGGCAGCACACUUGGCAUGUCCAAUCGGCACAAAUGUGUACGACAGUACACUCUUGGGGAAUUUGCCUUGGAGCAAGAGAGACUGCAUGGAGAGAUGCUGAAAGAGCACCUGAAGGAAGAAAAGCUCAACUCACUGAAAUUGAAGCUAACAAAAAAUGGCACAGUUGAGUCUGAGGAAGCCAAUACACUCACAUUAGAUGAUAUUUCUGAUGACGACAUUGACCUAGAUAAUACAGAAGUUGAUGACUACUUCUUCUUACAACCAUUGCCAACCAAAAAGAGAAGGGCAUUAUUACGGGCUUCUGGGGUUAAAAAGAUCGAUGGAGAGGAGAAACAUGAGCUCCGUGCAAUUCGUGUAUCCAGGGAAGAUUGUGGCUGUGAUUGUCGAAUAUACUGUGAUCCUGAACUUUGUGCUUGUAGUCAAGCAGGGAUUAAAUGCCAAGUGGACCGCAUGUCUUUCCCAUGUGGAUGCACAAAAGAAGGCUGCAGCAACGCUGCAGGCAGGAUUGAGUUCAACCCGAUUAGGGUACGGACACAUUUUUUGCACACAAUAAUGAAGCUGGAGUUGGAGAAAAAUCAGCAGCAGCUUGGGAUGGAGAAUGGUUUCUCGGGAGACAUGAAUGCUCAUGCUAGUCAUCUGAUACAAAGCCAGCAAUCCCACGAAUAUUCUGUUGCAGACAGCUUUGACAUUGAAAAUGAACCCGAAACGGCAGUGAUGCACCUUCAGUCAGCAGAGGAGCUGGAAUGGCAAGCAGAAGAUGAGGAGGAGGAGGAUGAUGAUGGGAGCAGUUUGUGCAGUGGCAUAACGGACUCCAGCAUUCAGAGCUUGGCAGCCAGUGAAUCGGACGAAGAGGCAGACAGCAAAGCUGAAAGCUUUAGUGAAGCAUUGGCUGCCCCUGUUGUGACACAAACUGAAGCUAUUCCCCUUUCUUCUGUGUUAUGCUAUGCUGAUGGCACUUCUGCGCAUGAUAACACACCACCAGAAGAUGCCUCUUAUUACACUAAUUCGUCAACACUAUAUUAUCAAAUAGAGGGUAAUGCUGCUGCUGCUACCACUACUGCUACUACCAGCACUACAACUGCUACUACAGAUUGUGGCAAUGAGCCUUUCUGUGUAGAAGCCACUUUAACAUCAAACUAUACGGAGAGGAGUCAGGAGAAUGGAGCACUUUCCUUGGUGCCUUAUGGCUCAGCUGUAGAGCAAUAUAUUGAAUAUGCACACCAGCCAGAGGGAAGCUUUACCGGUGCUCACUAUCCCAUAACAACACCUUCUGUGAUAGUCUGUUGUCCUUCAGCACAUGAAAAUAAUGCUCAGUGUAACAAUUUAUAUGCUGAACAACAACCUAACCACUCUCAAGCAGAGCUUCAAAGCUAUUUAAAUAACCAUGUUCAAGAUGACUAUGUUGCUGCUUCAAAUGGGGAUGUUUACGCACCUAAACAGGUACUGGAAAAUACCAUCAUCCUCCCAGAGGGCAGUGGACUGUUAGAAGAGACUAUUAAAACAUCAGUAGUGGAAACUGUGUUUGUUUAGUGUGCUCAGUCACUCUAAUUUUUGUUCUUUACUACAUUUUACCAGUUAUUCAGAAUGGAAAGGAGUAUAACUUAAAUAGUUUACAUGUUUUUAACACCACCAUCUUUAGGUCAAUUGGUCAGUAAUGGUGGUUGAUGCCACUAGCAUUCAAUGCUUUAAAGACUACAGGAUGUGAUCGGAAGCAGACUUUAUACAAUUCUUUAUCCACAGCAGUGAAAUGCUGCAUUAGGCAUUGCGUGAUUUGGUAUAAGCCAUCCUAGUCAUUAAUAAUUUAUAUGGCUUCAAAAGCAUUUUAACUGUUAAACAAGCAUUACUGGUGAAGGAUACCAACCCAGCCAGAUUGAAGAAAUAUAUCACAAGCUUUGCUCUUGGCUUUUAGUCUGCAUCACAUAUUCUCAAAAAUUUAAGUAAGGUCCCAGUUUUCAACAAAAUAUAUGGAUAUAACUUUACGUACUGUACAUGUGAAAAUUAUGAAAAUAAUUUUAUUGUUUCAUCUGUGAAUUUAUUUAUGCCAGUUAGUGUGCAAUUAUGUGAAGUAUAUGUUAAAUAUUCCUCUUGCCAGCUGUAUACAUGGAAGACUGAUGAUCCGAUCCAUGGCAUGCAGCAGAAGAUUUUGUUUGAAAUUAUAUAGAUUUCAUUUUUAAUUAAGGUGAUACUUUGAGCUUGAUAUAAGUGGGCAGUUCUUUCUUUACUGUGUUUUUAUUCAAUACUUUAUAGAGUUGUGGAGCCAGAACAGCUGAUGUUAAACAAAAAGCUGUGGAUGUAUCUUGCAGCUGUAGGAAUUAUCCUAAAACAGGUUGUUGUGUUUUUGACCUGUAGCAUGUGCAAUUGAGCUAGUUCCAUUGUAAUGAAUGAGGAAUCUUGCAUUGUUAUUCCUCUACUGACUACAUUGGAUAUAUUUAAAAAAAAACGUCUACUGUAGAAAAAAAUUCCAUACUAUCAACAGUGUGGAAAUGGAGGGGCUGAAAAGACAAUCCACUUCUGUUACCACUAAUAACUAAAGGAAAUACAUGUUUGUUCUAUCAAGCAGACUAAAGUGAAAUCUUUACCGCAGAAAAAUUGUUGUGGGCUCUUUAUAAGUACUGUGCACUUAUCCAGUUAAAAUUCAAUAUUUCUUUAUAACAGGAAUCUAGAUGUUUUGUCAAGCUACACGUUUGAGAACCUGAAUUUAUUUUCUGUAGUAAGAUAUUCUAUGAUAAUUUAAACUCCCCCCCCCCCCUCACUUGCCAGUAUCUUCAACUACAUGAAGCACCUGCAAAAUGGAAUAGUGUAGAGACUCAACUUCAGUGAGAUGGAAAUUGUCAAAAGCAGUCCUCACAGCCUGUAGAAAUCUAGUGGUGACUUUGAAAAGGCAUUCCAGGAAAACACUUUACUUUAAUUCAUGUGUUCCCAUUAGGGUGUGAAUGUGCUUAUGUAUAGGGAAAAAAUACUCAGGCAACCACAGUAAAGGUCAUUAGUUAUCAGAACCUCAUUUUAACGCUCCAUUAAAUAGUUCCUGAUAUCUUUUGACAGCAAUCAGAGGAUGUAAGUUAUGCUAUAUUAUUCCCUGGUUGAAUGUUCAUUUCAUUCAAUACAUCUCACUUUAAAUUCUGCUCCUACUUAGCAGCUACAUUAGUGGGUAAAUGUUUGGAUUUCAGAUUUAGAAUUUAACAAACAUAAAAGUGAAAAGUUCAGAAAGCCCAAGUGUGAUUUUAUUUAAAAAAUAAUAAUUUGAAGCCUCACAUUUCAUAAAUUCUAGCAGGACACCUGAGCUACUCUGCUAAUGCACGGAUUUAUCAUAUGGUAAUUAUUAUAGAUCGCUGUAGAAUUUUAAACCCAUUGGCUUUAUUUUGUGCGGGUUUAUACUGAUCUACUUGAAGUUUAUUUUAAGUUGUGUCAUGUAAAUAGAAUAUAAAUCACAACUGUCCAUUUGGAUAAAAUUUACUUGUAGCAUGCAACAUGUUUGUGUAACAAUGAAGGAAAGGCUCUGAAAACCAGCCUCCAACUACACACCAUCUCUACCUCCAUAUCAAAAUAAUGAUUCAAAACUGCAAUCAGCAGUGGUGUGACAUUUUAAUCCUAAAUUUGCUUAGAAUUAGGUGUACUGAUUGUUAAAGGCUGAAUAUGGUGCUGGAUAUUUACUACAGGUUUAAGUUUAGUUUCAAAAAAAGUGACCAAAAUUGCUAUUACUAUUAGAACAAUCUAUGUCCAAAAUACAACAUUGAAAAAGCAAAAUAUAUGAGACCUUUUUCCUUUCAUUCUGAGCUUACUUCAACAUGUGGCUGCAGGGACCAAAGUAAUGUAGGUUAUUGUUUAUACUUGUACAGUCUUGGAACUGUACAUUCCAAAAAAAUGAUAACUUUGCAAUUCAAAUUUUUAGUAUAAUUGUGCUUUACCAAUUUACUUAACUUUGCAAAUAUCGAUAACAACAAAUGGAACCAUCUUUAGAUGGUUCAAUUACUCAUUAAUAUAGCCUUUGUUGAAAUAACUGGUGUUUUUUCCAUUUAAAGGCAAGUGACAGAUACUGUCACUUUGGCAUCCAACAUACUCUACCACUGUUUCUAUAUAUACUUCUAUAUAUACAUUAGCUGGGUUUAUAUAUCAAUGCCUGUUGACUUCUCAAUGGUUUGAAACUUUAGGUUAAUCCUUUCUAGCAGAAUUCUUCAUGCACUUACUUGAACAUUAUACUACCAAGGCAAUAACAUUUUUAACAACACAUUUGCUGUUUUUCGUGCAAGUACCUUAUAUUGCAGUUUUUGCAAAGAAUUUCAAAAAUCAUCCUUGGUUCAAUAAUAUGUUUGGCACUUUCAAAAAAAUAUAUUUUUUUCAAAUAUGUUGGCAUCUAUUGAGGUGAGUAGCCAGUAAUUGGCGUAUUAAUCCCCAUGAAAAGCCAUUUGAAUCUGAUUAUGUUGCUAUAUAGCAAGAAAUAUGAGAUUAUGUUUUUCGGCAGAAUAUUACAUUUCAGCAGGGUUCCCACCCAACCCCGCCAGCGAAAAGGUAGAUGGGAAGCCUGCCUUUCCUCUUCCUCGGGUGGGUUGUCUUGCAGAGCCAUUUAACACUGAGGGGUGUUAAUUGGCUCAAGGUGAGACUUUUGUCCCCAUCUGAGGAGGAAGUUUCAUCAUGAGAGCUACUGGCCAAUCAAAUAACCGGCAGCUCUCUGGUUCCAGCAGCACCACUAGGAGCGGUGGCCACUGUUGGGACUGUAGUCAGUCCUGGAGCCAGAUUGGGGAGGUGAGUUGGGGGAGUUUCAGCAGGGCCAAGUUAGGAGUCCCCAGCAAGGGAGCUAGGGGCCAGGAAGAGAGGUGAUACCUUGGGGGAGUUCUAUUAGACCCAGGGGGCCUACAAAUGAGGAUCCCCUCCCUUUUCCCGAGGUGUGGGAUCUGGCAGGCUUCAAACUUGUGUCCAGCCUCCGCCCACUGCAGGAAUAAUUGUGUCGGGGCACAUAGAGGCCCUUAAAUGGCUAUUAAUUGGCCACUUCAGGGCCUCAUUUGGCCCAAUAGUGGGUGAGCCACCCGACCCCCCCUCCACUGCAUGGUACAAUUGCAGUGGGGUCAGGGGCGAGCGAGUCAGUUGCACCCAUGGCCUUACAUCAAAUUUUACACCUGCCUGCCAACCCACUUCCAGGGGAGCGUAAAAUUCUGCCCUUUAAGUUUGCUGUUGUCAGGCAUUGUGGUAAUUAGGCAUGUAAACAAAAUAUAAUGAGUAAAAUUUAGGUUAAUCAAUAGUUCUGGGUGACAUUGGUUGCUUCAUGUAAAUGGGAUUAUUGGAAUUAAGGUUUUUCUUAAAAACUAACUUUCUUGAAUAUUAGAAAUCGUAUGGAAACUCCUGAAGCACUGGGUGUUUAAACUGACAUAGUAUGAUGAGGCUGUUUGCUUCUUAAGAAAAUACCAUCAGACAAUAGACAGGAUGUACAGAAUACAUCCAGUUCCAGCUUUGGUGAUGGCACAAGUAAUAUAGAGUUGUGUAAUCACUAAAGCUCUUCAGUCCUUUACCUUUGAUCAAAAUUAGUCACAUGAUGAUUAAUCCAGGAAGAAAAUUGAGUAAAACAGCUAUUAUGAAUACAUUUAAAAGAAAUGAGAGGUUUUUGGUCCAAAUCAGCUUUGUAAGUUUGCAUAGGCAAAUACUUUUCAGGCAGGUUGUGACUUCAGCUUUAAGUUUUGGAAAUUACUUUAAGUAACACUUAUCAUCACUGAAAGAGAGAUUAAAAUGCACACUGGAAGUGUCUCAACUCACAUUUGACAAUAGUUUAGUUGUCUCAUCCAGGAUCCUACCAUACAGGAAAUACUUUGCUAUUUUUGAAAACUGUGGAUAUUGCAAGAAUUUAUACAGUCUACCUGUGACCCUAGUUGUGCCAAAAGAGAAGAGGAAGGUAGGCUACGAAGCCGCAAAAUCUCAACAACAAUUCAAUCUGGGUCUUAUAUAUUGUAAUAAACUUUUUCACAGUAGAUGUCUCCUUGGUAGUAUUUAUCUGUGCAGUAUUUAUUAUGAAUGACGAUACAAACACUUGAUGUAUUUAUUGUGGUCAGUUGCAACAAUAUAUUGCAAACUUUUUUUCUCAAAUUUUACUGUAAUAUCUUUUCUGUUGCUAGUAUAAUAGUGCUAAUUGUUAAGGCUGAAUUGUAUUAUAUGAGCUUCGGUUUUCUGAUGUCUGCUUGUUUGUAUUCCAGCUAUUGAGAGGUGCAGGUUUAACAUUUGUCCAAUUAACUUGCAUCUUCGGGGCCUGUAAAACUGGACAAUCUAUUGUUUCUGAAGUUCUUUGCCUUCUUUGCACAUACAAUUGUUGCUUAUAGAUGGUCAGAAUGUGAAAAUUCUAUGUUUUAAUUAUUCCACAUUGCUGUAGAAACGAAGCCAAAAUACAGUACUAAUUGAAUUUU